AUGGUGUUCUUAGGCUUUGUAGUUGGCCUCCUCACCGCUGGUGCAGCCAUUGCGCUCCCUGAGAACCGUACCGAUCCUUCUUUCGACGCAGUGGUCGAUAAAGGCACCUUUCAGAACCCAUCGAAGAACGUGCGCCCGAAGUUUCGAUACUGGAUACCAGAUGCUUCUGUGGAUACUGAAGUAGUCGCGCGGGAUGUGCAGAGUGCUGCAGAGGUCGGCUGCGGUGGCCUCGAGUUGCUAGGGUACUACCUCUAUGGUGGCCCUCCUACCAAUGGCGCAGGAAGAGGCACCUAUGCGCCGGUAGACUGGGCACAAUACGGGUUUGGAACACCAGCAUGGCACGAGGUGUUCAGAGCAUUCGUAGACGCUCAUCGCCAGAACGACUUGAUCAUGGACUUCGCCAUGGGUCCUAACCAGGGAACCGGCGUACCGGCACCGGCCGAGGAAGAUGGUUUGAUGUGGGAUAUUUCGGCAUACAAUGUUACAGUCCCGAUCGAUGGCAUAUUCGACGGCGUGCUGCCAGGCUGGGGUUUAGGGAAGCUGCAGGCUGCGGUUUCGGGCACCAUUCUGGGCUCGGAAAACGUGACUUCGAACGACCCUUCAGGCGGUCUUCCAGGAGACCAGCGCCUCAAUCGAACGCAAGUCACACUCUCAGCUGCGAGUCUUGCGGAUGUAACCGAACAGGUGGACGAGUCAGGCCAUCUUCGGCUCGACUUUUCGUCAUCAAAUACUACGAUUGCCGGAGGCGAGAGCCAUAUCAUAUUCGCAGUCUACCUUUACAAGUCGCUGUAUCGUGCGCAGCAAGGUCCUCUGGAAAUGGGCGGUCCCCAAAGCCAACCUGAAUCCUACAUCAACAACGGAUCGUGGGCUGUCGACCACUUCUCAUCACUUGGUGCACAAGUGAUGACCAAAUUCUGGGAAGACCACAUCCUCAAUAACGGGACCAAAGACUUGCUGCAGCAGGUCGGCAACUACGGAUGGGAGGACAGUGUCGAAAUUCAGGCGAACGUCUACUGGACACAGAAUUUGUCAAGCAUCUUCGAAGACCAGCACAAAUACUCCAUCAACAAGUGGUUGCCUAUCCUGUUCCAUCGUAACGGGAAGUACAAGCAGUCGAACCCAGGCGUUUGGUACGUCACCGAUGAGCCGGACACUGGUAACGCACACAUUGCGGACUACAGAGCUACGCUUGCGUCGCAGUAUCAGGAAUACGAGUCGGCAGUGAAGAAAUGGUUGAACGAAUAUCUAGGUCUGCAGUUCUCAGCGCAGCUUUCGUACAACCUCCCAAUGGACAUGCUGGCGAAUAUCCCCACGGUCGAUGCACCAGAGACAGAGUCGCUCGACUUCAGUGACUUGAUCGACGGCUACCGUCAGUACUCGGGCCCAGCAAAUCUCGCUAGGCGACGCGUUAUCUCGUCUGAGUGUGGUGCUGUGCGCGGCGAGGCUUAUGCCGAGACUUUACCGGAGAUUCUCUGGAAGGUGAAGCGGUCAUAUGCCGGAUCUGUAAACCAGUUUGUCUUUCAUGGCCUCCCAUACUCUGGUCCAUACGGUAACACAACGUGGCCCGGAUGGUCAACCUUUACAUACCAAUAUUCUCAAAUGCACGGUCCUCAUGAGCCCGCUUGGGAGUUCUAUCGAGAUCAAUUCGACUUUAUCGCCCGCAACAACUGGGUGUUUCAGACUGGCAUUCCGCGUAUGGACAUUGCUAUCUGGCAGAAGAUGACUGUCUACCCUGGACACAUUGAAGCGCGGACAUAUCAACCGGCGGAUCUUGAAGAGGCAGGUUACUCCUACGAGUACCUAAGCCCUGACAAUCUCAAUCUUCCCGCUGCUAAGGUGGUCGAUGGUGUGUUGGCUCCAGAUGCGCAGGCUUUCAAGGUGCUUGUCCUGCGACGGAAUGACUCUCUCACCCUGGACGGAGUCUCCAAACUCGUUGAAUUUGCCAAUGCUGGUCUGCCUAUCGUGUUUGCUGGAGGCAAGCCGUCCUUGUUAGUCGGUACCGUAGCACCUACGAUUGAGCGCCAGGUACUGCGAGAUAUAGACUCAAUCUCGCGACUACCGAACGUGCAUGUCACUGAUUCAUACCUCGUUGCCUCGACAAUCACUUCCCUGGGAAUUCAGCCGCUAACAAAGGUAUCAACUAAUGCAUCGUGGUUCACUUACUGGCGGUCGGAUCCAACCACUGAGAUCGACUACGUGUUCGUCUACAACGAUGCGAUGUAUCUCCCUCAAGGUCAAGGUGCUUCUGAAGGUUCGAUCGAAUUCCUAUCAACCAAGAUCCCAUACGAAUAUAAUGCAUGGACCGGCGAGAAGAAGCCCAUCCUUGCUUACACCACAACCAAUUCCUCCACGAUCAUUCCCUUCCGACUCGCCGGGAACCAGUCUACCAUCGUGGCUUUCGAACCGCCUUCCGGAAACUCAUCGAAACCCUUGCGCGCAAAAUACUCCACAGGUGACAUCCUCGGCACCGCCGUCCUCAACGGCAAACCCCUCCUCAAAACCGCUACUCCAGCUUCCCCAGCCUUCGCCCUCUCGAAUUGGAACCUCACCGUAGAACACUGGGACCCGCCCACCGACCUCUACAACUACACCUCCGGCGCCGCAAAGCACAACUCCACGCACCAGCUCCCCAGCCUCGUCCCCUGGCUCGACAUCACAGGUCUACAAAACGUGUCAGGACGAGGAUACUACAGCACGACAUUCACCUGGCCGCCUGCAUCUAACACCACCACCGAUGGUGCCUUCAUCGACUUCGGCUUCGUGCACCACACGCUAAGAGCGUACGUUAACGGCGCCCAGCUUCCGCCGCUGGACGUCACGCAUGCGCAGGCCGAUAUCAAGGAAUACUUGAUCGAUGGUAUCAACACUGUCGACGCCGUAGUCGCGACGCCUCUGGGUAAUGUGCUUCGACCUAUCUGGUUCCAAUUACAGUCCAGCGGCGAAGGGCCUGGUAGUCCGGAUGCGGGGCCUGACCACGGGUUCGUGGCGCCGCCGGAGGGGCGGUAUGGGCUGCUGGGUGAGGUGAGGGUCGUGCCGUAUGUAGAGGUGGAUGUGGAUGUGCAGACGGCGUAA